AUGGGCCAUCAAGUGAGCGCGAUAUUCACGGGGUUAGGCAGGUUCUUCGAAUAUCCCGUGAAGAGGAAACCGAUCUGCUUUUACAGGCAAGAGGACUUCACUGCAACGGGGGAACCGGUGAAGAAAGCCACCGCAGUGGACACGCACCCGCAGACCGACUAUGACAAGCUGGUCGACUUGUUCUACAAGCGAUUGGCUGAACAGCGCCAGUACAACCAAGAGAUGAAAGACCAGGACCGGCGGUGGAGUAUGCAGAAGGUGGUGCAGCGGUUCCCGGGGUGGAACGAGGUCACCAUCGCCAACCUGCACAGCCUGUUCCUGCUGUUCGACAACCAGACCAACGGCAUGCUUGGUUUCGACGACUUUGGGGCUGUGCUGGAGAGCUUGGGUGACGAGAGUUCCAUGGAGACUCGCAAGGAGAAGUUCACGGCCGCCGACACUGACAACGACGGAUGGAUCACCUACGACGAAUUUCUAUCGUUGGUAUACAACUUCAGCGCUCCAGAGGGCACCCGACUGACGGGGCUGGCAGCGCUCUGCAACGAGGUUGCAGAGAACAUACAGUUCGUGUCCAACCUCACUGUGGGCGAACAGCUCGAAUACGGACUGUUCUAA